AUGGCGCCGCGUAACCAGCCAGACGGGCCAUCGGCAGUCCUCACCCCAGAACGAUCGGACGACGAGAUCUUUCUCGACAGAUUUGCGGACAGUCCUGGCGGAGGCACACAGCUUUACCACUUCUUCGGCGCUUUUCCCCUCGUUCCUUACUUUCCCUCUGAGCAAGAAGUCGAGCGGUUCGCUCAUCAUCAAGUCAACGCAAUAUUUACGGCCUUCGAGAGCGUACGCUAUAUCCUAGAACGUCACGAGGAUACGAUCCGGGAGAGAUGGUACAAGAAGAGUACUGCAAAGAAGAGGAAGCUUCUUCUUGCGGGUCGGCCGGGCAUGGAGAGCGAGCAUCGGCCUGAUUUAGCCGCCAUGGCUGCCAUCGCAGCACGGUCCACGACACCCGUUGGUCAGGAACCUGGUGAGGCCUUGGUUCGCGUAGCGAUUGCGACGAACAGCGAAGCUUGCACGCUCCCAUAUCUCAACAUAGAGGACCUUGUGCGACCUGGAACCUUUCUGACAUUAGUAAGUUCGCGCGGCCAUAACCCCGUUAGUUCAUUCAGUCACACAGAAUUCCUUCACUCUCCGAUAGCUCGAUGGCCAGACGUAAUACUAGAGCCCUAUCUGCCCACGUCGACAAUGGAGUUCUCGGGACGACAUACAAGAAGCACAUACGGUCGAAUGAAGCAAUGGAAGAACAAGAAUGACGCCUCACAAUUGAUAUACAAGGGCAGGGGUGUUCACCCAGGACACGGACUACAAAUCUUGGGUAUACAGGAGAUACUCUACACGUUCUUGCACAGGUGUUGUGUUCUUCUAGUAAGGGAUAUCUUGUCUGAUGAAACGACACGGAUAGGCGGAUACCCUGUCAUACAGCGACCCCAGGCUUUGAUCGACAGCACGGCCAAUCACACGAGCCGUGCCGAGGUCUCCUUGAUGGCUCCAUACACUGUUCCGACCCGGUUAGAUCUUGGUCGGUUACGCGUCCUUGUCGACGCUAAGGUCGGUGAACUCGAGGAUCAUAUCUGGGCGUUGCGAGAAGACCCUGGCUAUUUCCAUGAGGUGUUCGAUGACAACAAGGCUCAUCGCAUGGAGUACCUCAAGUCUACCGACGGCAACGUCAACGCCAUACUGAAGGAACCUCCCCACGCUAUGAUCGGCUCUUUAAUUCGCAAUUUGAUCAUCGACGCCUACCUGCCUUUGUAUUACUGGCAUGAGUGCCUGCGUCUUGUAAAACAUUUGCAGUCCACAGCAGCUCGAACGGACUUUAAGCUCUCCGCCGAUCAAGAUUUGCCUCCAGAAUACCACAUGAACUUUCUCAGAUUAUGGACGAUGCUUUUCGCGUUACACACAGACUUCCACGAAAACUUUCGGCAACGAGUUCCUGGCACGCCAGCCAUGAGACGUUAUGUCAUCAAGACCUAUGCGGAUCCGAACGGUGGACUCUGCAAUUUUGAGAUUGACUCAUCGAAAGCGAACGAGGAUGCGACCACUACCCGCUUCUUGGUGGCCUUACACCGGAUCUGGCACCUGAAGGACCCGCCUAAAGUCGGCUUCAUUGCUGAAUUGGAUGAGAUCGAGAGGAUGGUCCUCAAGGAGCCUUCUGUCAAGACGCUGUUAUCACCAUACGUAUGGUCAGACUUCUCGCAACUGUCAGUUUCAUCGGAAUGUAUUCAACAGAUUCGAUCGUAUCAGCCUUGGGCAACGCGAAUCGAACACGAUCUUGAGCUUCUCAAGCCGGAGCUCAUGAUGUACUCCUAUCAAUUCGGCAUGAAAUGGGGUCCGGUUCUACAUCAGUCUCGUUUCAACAGCCUUACAUUGGCACGCCUCGCAGAUCCCUCAGAUGGGAAAUUCCGUUAUCCAGUCACUGAUAAACCAAGUCGCGAGAAGACGGAUGCUUUACGUCUUGCAGAAGAGCAUCUCGAUGCGUUCUGGAUAGCUGCUGACGCGUUUUGCAAGAAGCUGACAGGAACAAGUUUCCCCGGUCUUCUGGCGCACGAUCUCACCCACGGACGCACUCUUCGCCGCACUGCGCCCUGGGCUGAACCAAUUCAACAGCGCAAGCAGGAAAUAUUUCCCGAACACAUCACAGAUCGGCUCUCCUCCGAGACCUUUCGUGUUACAAACACCAUCAGUGGCGAACAGAACGUAUCUUUGCCCCUGGUCAAGGAGAAGAUCAAGACUCGCCGCAUCGACAACUCCGUCACCCUCGCCAAUGCCCAUCAACAUCAAACUGACGCGGUCAUUGAAUUACCAACGCCAAAGUUGACGGUCGAUAGGCGCUCUUAUCUAGUCUUCAGGGCCCUGUUCUUCUCUCCUUCCGCACGAGAUGUACCAGGUGAAGUAGCCUGGAAGGACUUCGUUCAGGCUAUGGUCCAGCGCGGCUUCGAAGCAGAGAAACUCCAUGGGUCUGCGUGGAGAUUCACACCGGCUCUAAAUACAGAGCGUGCGAUCCAGUUCCAUGCUCCCCACGGCGCGCUAAGCAAACUUCCUUUGACGUGGGCGAGGCGAUAUGGCAGGAGGCUCGAAAGAGAGUAUGGGUGGACGGGCGAGAUGUUUACUCUUGCCUAG